AUGCUUCGUUUGUUUCCGUUCAACUCUACUAGAUUCCUGUCACGGUAAUAUUUUACUCGCUUAUGCUUUUCAACAUGCUUCUAACGCUCACCUCAGUUCAAUUUUAGUGGACUGAAAAACACGUGCUCCAACUCGUUUCAGCACAAGGAUCUCAUCAUUCGAAAGACUGAAAAGCGGUUCCCUAAGCCCAAAAAUGUUUCUUCGAUUUUUUUUUAAAUAUUCGACCAAUUUUCAGACGGCUGACGUUCCUUUCGGGAAGAUUUACUCGGAUCACUUGCUCAAUGUCGACUGGGUUGAGGGAAAAGGCUGGGGGAAGCCGGAGAUCCGUCCUUUUGAAGGUUUUCAGCUUCACCCCGCCGCCAAGGUUUUUAUCACUGAUGGAAGAAGAAAAGGCUAUACUUUCAGGUUCUACAUAGCAGUCUGGAGCUCUUUGAAGGAGCCAAGGCGUAUUACGGCAUUGACGGCAAAGUAUGAAAUGAAAAUUGAUGGAAACGUCUGAAAUAUCCUAUCAGAUCCGAAUUUUUCGACCGCAGCUCAACAUGGAGCGUAUGAGAAGAUCCGCAGAACGAUGUGCUUUUCCUGACUUUGACGCCAAAGAAGCCGUCAAGCUCCUGAAGGAACUGGUUAAUCGAAGACAUAUCUGAGAUUUUGAGAACUGUGAGUUUUGAGGUCAAAAUGGAUUCGGACUGGGUGCCGCGCUGCGCCGGUUCCAGUCUUUACCUGAGGCCGACGAUGAUCGGAACCGAGCCGACGCUGGGUUUGGCCGAGUCCAAAGAGGUCAAGCUGUUCAUGAUCUGCUCGCCUGUCGGGCAGAACUACUUCAAAUCUGAAGGAACGGUACUUGCGAAUCGGUUAAUGGAAUAAACUGAAGGGAAUCUAGGGAGUCAGACUGCUCGCCGACACGAGCUUCGUUCGUUCUUGGCCUGGCGGCGUCGGAUCUUAUAAGAUGGGGUGCAACUAUGCGCCGACUAUCUACGUCCAGCAGUAGGAUUCACUGUUUCAAUCGAAAUAAAACCAGAGCAGACUAGCCCUGGGCCGCGUCGCGGAUUGCGAAGCGGUGUAAUUUUUUGCCUCAAAAUGUUUUUCGAAGGUUUUGAACCGUGGUUCAAGUGAUCAAAAACUUCGUGUCAACAAUUUUCAUGAUCAUAAAAGCAAAAUCUCAAAAACUGUGUACGGUCUUUGAAGAAAACUAGUAAUUUUUUGUUUCAGACUCGCUGCCAAACGCGACUGUCAUCAAGUCAUGUGGCUGCAGGGCAAGGAACAACUGGUAAAACUCGCAGAAAUUGGUUUAUAAUUUUUUUUAAAGGUCACUGAAGCCGGCGCGAUGAACUUGUUCAUGUUCUGGAAGAAUGAACAGGGCGAGGAGGAACUAAUCACGGCUCCACUCGAUACUGGUAAACGUUUCUGAACGUUUGGAAGCUAUUUCCGUUUCAGGACUUCUACUGCCUGGAAUAACUCGGAGGUCGAUACUCGAGCUGGCGAGAGAAUGGGGCGAGUUCAAGGUUUCUGAGCGCUCUUUCACGAUGGCCGACGUCGUCAAAGCGAUCGACGAGAACAGGGUGAGUUUCUCUAAUCAUAUUCGACUCACCUCGACUUGUGACAGUAAGAGUUCAAGAUUACUGUGUAAAAAAGCAGUUAAUGCGCAAGCCGCGAGUUGUCGGGCGCAGCCAUUUGACGUUCCAAGUUCCAACUUAACUUUUUUGCAACAAAUGGUUGUUUUGAAAAAGUCUGUCGGUUCGGUAGAUUUCAUAGGUUUUUCAGAGUGGUCAUUUUAUGAAAAUUUGAGAGUUAUUUUUCAAAUUUGUUAACGUCUCCAAAAUACAUAGGAUCCCUGCGUUUGGUCUGUUUGAAAUUUUCGAUUUCCGUAUGAAUUACGUCAUAGGACUCCCAAAGCUUUUGGUUUUGAGAAUAUUCCACUUCAUUCAGUAGUUUUCUUCAUUGUUCUAAAACCUUCUUAUUUUUUCUGAAAACUUCUCUUUCAUUCCGGAAGAAUGUUUUGCCUCAUAUCUUCCCUAUAUGUAGGGACCACAGACCUAUUUUUUUCGAACUCAAGCUAGCUCCUCGUUUUUUUGUUAUAAAAAAAUAAUGAUUUUUAACAUGUAGUAUGCGAAAACAAAAAAAGAAAAAAACGAAAAAAAUAUUAAGAAUAAGAGGAGAAAAACAAUAUUUAAAAAGUAAUUGAAAAAGCAAAAAAAUUUUUUUGCACUGAAAUUUUGGUUUUGCGAAUUCUCAUGCAAUCUGCGCGCACCCUCAUUUUGCAAGGUCGGCACGGUUUCAGGAGCCAAAAAGAGAAGGUUUUACGAGCUGUAAUCCCACUUUACCAUCAUUUUUCGUCUCAGUGACUGCACAAAUACAGCCUACAGUGCUCUUUGAAUCCCAUAAAAAAAUGUAAUUUCGCCUACUUUUUAUUCACCUUUUUGUUGAGAAAAAAAUUUUUUUCGGCGAUCUUGAAUUUUUCGAUUUUAUUGCUUUUAUUUGUUUGAAAAAUUAAAAAAACUCUUAUAAAUGAGUAAGAAAAAAACGCGUGUCUUCGACCGGGAAAUGUUUCAAAACAACUCGCAAAAAAAUUCUCCACCUUUUUUUACCACUCAAAACAGUACAUUUGCUUGUAGUUGUCAACAAGUAUUAUUUGAGCAAUGUUUUUCUCAAUAUGAAAAAAGCAUAAAAAUCUUCCAAUACUGCAUUGCAAUUGAGAAAACAAUUUUUGACUUUGCGCGCCUCUCAAUUUUUUCGGCGAACAUAGAAUUAUUAUUUUUUUGGCUUAAAAAAAUUGCAUUUACUGUUUAUAAGUAGUUUUCAAAAAAAUCAACUUUGUCCGCGACCUAGAUGAAUAUCAAAAACGCAAAAAUUAAGUUUAUUUUUUUCGAACUCGCCUCACUAUUCCGUACGACACUCCGUUGAAACACAUGGAAAGUACCUAAAAACCUUUUCAACGGAAAGAGGAACCUUUUCUACAUUUAUGCUGAAAUUUUCAUCAUUUUUCAUUGUUUCUAUCGGCUGUACGAAACAAUCAAAGACGGAAUACCAAAAAAAUGGCCUUUUUUCCCUCGCGAAAAGGGGCGGGGCUUUGCGGUCGCUACCUAUAUGCUUUCUAAACCCAACCUUUUGCUCCAUAAUUUCCUUAUUCAGGAUUUCUUCUCUCAUAAUCCCUUGUCUUUCCACCAACAAGUCUCCUAGACCAACGUCUCACCCGCGGUCACAAAAAAGAGUACACGAUAUUUUUUGAGGUCUACGAAUUCUUCUCGUCGGGAACGGCGGCUGUAGUCGGCGGAAUCUCUGAAAUUCAGUACGUGGACAGAUCGAUUGGCGUCGACCGCACUCUCCGACUUCCCACUAUGGCCAGCAAACACAAAGUGAUGCAGAGGUAGUUUCUCUUCAUAAUCAAUCAUUUUCGUCAUUUUAUUCUCCAUCAGAAUGUACGAUACGAUCACAGGCAUCCAGUAUGGACGCAUCCAGAAGGACGGCUGGGCCGAAAUCGUCGAACUUUGA